GAGGGAGACGCCGUGACGUACUCACAUCUGCGUGUGUUUCGAAAAGAGAGGAAAAAAAGCGAGAAAAGAGAAAGAAAGAAAAGGGUGACCACGACGGCAUCCCGUCGAGCCGAGGGCGGAGGACGAAGAGGCGGCGGCAGCGGGAGGCGGAGAUGAGGAAGAAGCUCGGCACCCGGUUCCCCGCGGCGCGGAUCAAAAAGAUAAUGCAAGCAGAUGAGGAUGUUGGCAAGAUUGCACUAGCGGUGCCUGUUUUAGUUUCGAGGGCUCUUGAAUUGUUUUUGCAAGAUUUAAUUGACCGGACUUACGGAAUUACUCUCCAAAGUGGUGCAAAGACACUGAAUUCCUUCCACCUGAAGCAAUGUGUGAAAAGGUACAAUUCUUUUGAUUUCUUAACUGAAGUUGUCAACAAGGUACCCGACCUUGGUGGUGCUGAUUCUUGUGGAGAUGAAAGAGGAUUACCUAGAAGAAGAAAGUCAUAUGGCAGUGACCCGGAGAAUGAUGAAUCAAGAUCCAGCAAAGUGAUCAUAAGAAGCUCAAACAUCAGCCCAAGAGGACGUGGGAGAGGUCGAGGUCGAGGGCGAGGACGGCCACCAACCAAGAGAAAGGAAGUUGGUUAUGUACAAUUUGAGGAUGAGAGCAGCAUGCUUGCUGAACAGGGUGAACCCUUACCAGGAGAGGAUACAGUUCCAGAGACUAUUCAUGGCAAUGAGAGCAUACCCCAAAGUAUACAUCAUCCAGUAGAGGCUCCAUCAGCCGCUGUACCAGCUACAAGUUCUAAGGUGGAAGAAGCGAACACCGACCAUCAGCCAGAUUGGCCUACGCCAGAUGUCAUUGGUAACAUCGGUGUUGGGCCAUCUGGUUUUGGGCAUCUGACGGUGCAAGUUGACGAGGAUGAGGACUAUGACAAUGAGGAUUAGGCGUAAUCAUCCUCUUGUUGCAUGUACUAACAGGACAGUUCUGGUGUUGUAAAAUGUAAAUAUAGUUUCAAGUAGUUUGUGCAGCUAGAUGAUGUUAUUUAGUUGUCCUGUGUAACUUUUCAGUUUCCCAAUAAUUGUUUGCUAGUUGCCUCUCAUUGACAUGACUGACUAUAAGUGUUUUGUCAGAUUUAACCUAGUAUUUGAGCAGUGAUUUUCUGUUGUAUAACAUUGUGAUCCACAGUAAUUUUCUGUGACCAUAUUAUGUCAUUUAGCUAUAAUAUUUUUGUUUACUGUA